CGACUUCAGUGUGUGGACUGUCUGUCUGUGUGCAGGGAACCUCCGGUGAAGACACUCACCCGUAAGGUUUGACAGUGUAUGGAGAGAGGAUGGAAUUCCAGGCACGCCGACACUCCUCUUCUUUCAUCCCCGUCCUCGUCCUCCUGCUCUCUGCCGCUCUGUCCCUGCUGGGUACCCUGAACGCCUUCAAACUGGUGGCCCGCGGCUCCAUGACCCACAAUGACAUCACCGUGGCGGCCAUACUAAACAUCACCGCCCAAGUCUGCAAAGCGCUGGCACAGCAAGAGGGGAGAGAUUUUGUUCUAGCGGAAGAUUCACUGUCAGUGCACAGCCUGUCGGAGGCCUGUCUCUUCACCGAUUCGGUGAAGUCGUACCAGACGGCCAUCGCGGUCAUCAGUAGCCGUAACGCCUGGGUGGACCUCCGCCACGUGCUGGACGAGGAGUACCACUUCGACGACGAGAGCUUCGUGCGGGGCCGGCGGCUCAUCACCAGGGGCCUGGUGGCUGCCAAGGCCAACAUCAAGCAGGGGAACUACCGCUCGGCACAGCUGGCCGCAGGGGAGAUCAUGCAUACCCUACAGGACUUCUAUAGUCACAGCAACUGGAUUGAACUGGGAAACAUGAAUGCUUUCCCUACACUUAUACGGGCAGACCUCGACUUUGAUAACAUUGCAGACAUCAACAUGCCCACGUGCCGAAACUGUGAAGGUGACAACUGUGAUAACAACAUCCUGGAGAGUGUCCUUGCUGAGCAGAAGAUAACCUCGGGAUACUUCAGUCUGACCUCCUCGUCGAAACCCAAUGGAAAAUGCAGCCACGGCACCGACGCAGACCGGACCAGCAAGACAGAUCCGCGUGGCGGCAUCAACAAAGACGCGGUGGAUGCGGAGCACGGCAGCCUUCACCCGCAGGCCGCCCAGGUGGCCAUCACCGCCACCAGCCAGCUGCUGCAGGACAUCCGAGGGGCAGCGGGGGACGCAGACUUCCUACGUUUCCUGGGUAUCUCCAGGUCCUCCACCUCUUCUGGCGUGGUCCUCUGCUUCGUGAUUGACACCUCCGCAGGCACGGCUGGCGUCCUGGCAGAGCUGAAGACUCUGGCCUCCUCCAUUGCCAGCAGCCAGUCUGACGGCAACAAUAAGCCAGACAUCUACAUAGUCGUGCCCUUCAAUGAAACAGGUUAUGGCCCGCUGAAGAAGACGACAAACUCUGAUAAAUUCAUAUUUGAAAUCAACUCGCUAUCUGCCAGUGGAGCAGUACGAAACAGUUCUGAGCCAAGACAAAGCCUGUCUGCACUUUUGCUGGCUCUAACUGAGGCUCCAUCGAGUUCUGAGAUCUUCGUCUUCAGCAGCGGCCCACCAGGAGACAUCUACUUGAAGAGCACCUUGACAGCUCUCAUUGAGAACUCCAAGUCAGUGGUGAACUUCCUGCUGACGAAUCUGAGCAGCGAUGUGGCGUCCGCUGACCUGUAUCGCAGCCUGGCCCGGACCUCUGGAGGACAGGCCAUCGAGAUCACAGAGAAAGAGUUUAGCCAAGCGGUCACCGUCGUCACGGACAGCCUCACUUCAGCUCGGGCAACCCUUCUUCAGGUCGUCAGGGACCAGGGAGCCCCAGAGACGUUUGAUUUCACCGUAGACUCCUCUGUCAGGACGCUACUUGUGUAUGUCACGGGGGACUCCUUGACGUUCAACAUUACGACUCCCACAGGCGUUGGUCAAAAGAGUGAAGAGUCUGUCGGACAUUUGGGAACAAUCCAGAAGGUGGGGAACUUCCACACUGUGAGGCUGACCUCACCUGUUACGACUGGCCAAUGGCACGUCGGCGUGAAUUCCUCCCAGCCGUACACGCUCAAGGCCAUUGGUGAGAGUACAAUAGAUUUCUUCUUUGACUUUGUGGAGGUGUUCCAAUUUCCUGAGCCGGGAUUCACAUCACUCCACAGUAGGCCACGGGCUGGAGGCAAUGCUUCUCUGUCUGUGUCCGUGACAGGGGGGUCCUCUGUGAAGGUGACUGCGGUGACACUGUUUCGGGUAUCGGGUGGCACAGACACGGUGCAGGGUGUGCUGGGGGAGCAGACAGACACUGGGGACUACCUGGUGGCCCUCGACAGACUUCCAGACGGCCCUUUCUACCUGCAGGUCCGAGGGGAGAACAGCAGCACUUCAAAGGCCUCAGACAGGGUCUUCCAGAGGCAGUCCUCCACACAGCUCAGGUCCUCCACGGUGGCCAUUACGGCUCAAGAAAGUGGCGACUGGACACCCGGCACCAACUUCACCGUUGACUUCACCGUGUCCUCCACCAGCAUCAGCACCAGCACAGGCAGCAGUGGCAACACCGUCACCGUUCGACACACGAACAACCGCGGCUUUGCCAUGGCCUACCCCGGCAGCCUAGCCUUGGGGUCUGGGGGGCAGGCUGAGGACAAGGGGACGCUCUCUGCCCCCUCCGACACCCCCUCGGGCACCGCGGUCACUCUCGUCAUCGAGGCUGACUCUUCGACUCGCACCAGUGACUCCAAUUACGUAGUGAUGGACCUGACGGUCACGGCCGAGGAAACGGACGUCACGCCCCCAGAAUGCCAGCCGGUGACCGUCAACGCCAGCUGCAGCAGCAGCGACGACGACAACAACAGCAGCAACUGCACACUGCUAACGUGGGACUUCACGGCGGUGGUGAGCGACGGUCUCCACGGCAGCGGCGUGGAUCGCGUGUCGGUACGAGAGGCCAACGGGACCCUCAACACCACCUCCCUCCCGGGGUCUGGGGGAUUCAAUGUGACCAUGGCCUCCUUCACCACCUCCUGCUGCGUUCAGGAGGUGGUGCUGGUGGCAGUGGACGGAGUGGGGAACGUUGGGAUAUGUCUCGUCCGCUCUGGUGGUGGUGCCGAACACUUGCAGGGUAGAGUCUGGCUGACGGCCUGGGUUAGCAUGAUGGGCGUCAUUGUAACCAAAGCCCUUUACAGCUAG